UGACUACGGAACCCUAAAAACGUACGAUACACGUGUGAAGAGUGCAUUUGUAGCUCUUGUCAAUACGUAUAUAAUACAUUUCCAUUCGUGUUUUAAUUUAUCGCCACUCGUUACUAACUUGCUCUCUUUCGCACUGGUACCGUAAUCCUACUAAUUAUUUUGUUUAGAAUUUGAAACAUCAUAGAUUUUUUGUUAUUUAGUUAAAAAGCCAUACUUGUGAAAUAGUAAUUCUAUCAAAGGCACAGUACAGUCUGGCACGAAGAGUUCUUUGCCAGGUUGUACGUAUAUUGAUUUGAUUCUCGAAGUUCCGUAUAGCUAGCCGCUAAAAACCGAUACUGCUCACCAGACAUCUCAUAUCCCUAGUGUUAAAAAAAUAAAACGUCACUGUCAGUGUCAUUUCAUAUUAGUAACGCGAGUGGUGUGGGUUGCAAUUACAUGGGAUCGGCGUGUUGAUUUUAUUGUUUUGAACGUAUAUUUGUUGGUGAUGGAGCCGCUGACCCCGUGUGGCUGCUGCCAGCUGCGCGCCGCGGACAAGGAGCUGCAGGCGCCGUACACCCGGCUCGGCGCGACUGAGGUCUACGCCCACAUGCUCCGAGAAUGCUUCGGCAUCCACGUGGCACUGAGUAGUGAAGACUCUUAUGGGAUCUGCUCGGUGUGCGUGGGCCGCCUGCAAGAUGCAAGUGACUUCAAGCUGCAAGUGCUGCAUACUCAGGCGGAGCUGCAGGCGGGGCUGCAACAAGAGGCGCAUGUUAAAAAAGAAGAAUUAAUAGUGGAGUCAGAAACAGAGUAUGGAGAUGUGGCCGGUGACGAGCCGGUGUCGGUUGCGUUAGACGGCGCGGCUGGAGCGGACGCGGAGCCGGCGCCGUCAGUGUCCUUGCGCGCCAGACAGCAGCUCGCGAUGGCUUGCUGCGUGAGGCUCGCGCGCCUCCGCGACUCCCCGCGCGCGGCCAGCCGUGCCCCGCGCCGCCGCCCGCCACUGUGCAGCGAGAGCCCCGCACACAACCCUACACCUGCGACACUUGCCAGGCGCACUUCACGCACAAGUCCACCUUACUCACACAUAUACAGAACCUUUGCGAACGAAGAAACAAACGUGAAACCUCCUUAA